AUGGUGCGUCGACCCAAGUCCUCGACGACGCACGUUCAUCGUGAUGUAAAGACGCCCGGAGCGAAGACGGAUCUAAAAUUGCAUCGUCAUCAUAUUUUAAGGCGAACGUCAGGAUUUAUGCUGGCACGUAAAUAUCGUAAUCCAUGGCCAACUGAAAGCGAUUUUGGACGGGAUAUGAAUAGUCGACUUAUAUCUCGAGCAGAGCGCGCAGGUAACGGGGGAUUAGCAUCAACAGCAACAACACUAGUCAGUACUACCACCACUGCGACCUCUACGGGUUCCACUAGCAGCAACAACAGCGUAGUGGGACUCACUGGACCCAAAGGAUACACACGAGAGGAACUCAUUAAUUUUUGGAGGGAACUGUCACUCGUUGCAAAGCGACGGCUGUUGCGGAUUCGACGGGAGACCUAUUUGACGGCACUGGACCAGUUCCUUGUGGGGCAAAACUUGUGCUGCGAGUGUCACGACAACGUGAUCGCAGAGUGGGAGGAUCAUGAGCGAAGACGCUCCGGCAGUCGCUCUUUGCAAGAUGUUUUUAGUGUCUUUCCUCCCUUUUUAGACGAUGAAGAUGACGACGACGAAGAUGAUGACGAUGAUGAUGACGAAGAGGAUGAUGACGAAGAGGAUGAUGACGAUGACGAGAAUGAUGACGAGGAGGAUGAGGAGGUAGAUGAAUUAGAAAAUGAAUCUGAAGAAGAACGGCUCGCUGCGGAAGCGUUGGCGUUAGAAGAGGAGGAAUUGGUGUUUAAAUAUGAGCUGGAGCGUGAAGGUAGGCGAAGAGGCAGCUGCACGGGGGGCAUGCUGUCGGAUAAAUACUUGGCAGCAUUAGAAGUGGGUAAGCGACAAGAAGAUGAAUUGCUGCGACUUAUUCAGAAAGAAGAACGCUAUAUCAUUAUUCGAGAAGACCACACGGAUUUCAUUAUGGAUCUAAUCCGCUGUGGCGAACAAUUCAGCUAUGUGUCACCAUUUCGGUCGGGUUUCGAUGACGACGGAAGUGGAGACAGCGAAGAGGACGAUGGUGAUGACACAUGCCCCGGUGCAAACACUUCACACUUGGCACAGGAGUAUCUACUGGAAGUGCUAGCUAUUAAGUUUAGAGAACAGCUGGAAGACGCGUACCAAGAGGCAUUACAGCAUUCGCUCGCAAUACAGGCUGAACUGCUUCAAGACGAGCUUGCAGACCUCAAAGCAAGUCAGAAACCUUCCAGCAGCAGUCGCAAGAAGAAAAACAAGAAAGAAAAGAAGCGCCGCAAGAAAGAGACUGCAGCACAGCGGGCGACAGAGAAGGUGGUGAAUGUUCAAGAUACUCGCACUCUAUCUAGAAUGUCCACGCCGUCCAAUUGCAGGCCUCUGUCUGUGAUGACAAAGCAACAAUCUGUCUUGACAGAUGAAGGUGGCGAAUCGGAGACGGAGGGGCGAGAUCCAGAGGAGGUCGAAAUUGACCGUGAGGUGGAGCAGUUCCGUUUGUUAUUGGAGAAGAUUAAUACUGACAGCGCAUUGCGCUCUCGAAAGAAGCUGGUGUUGCCUCCAGGAUCCUUUGCCCAUUGA